UCGGUCCAUUGUCCUGGAAGGAAAGCGUUCAGACCUGUUGUCGAUGUCCGAUCAGAAAGGCGCUUCUGUGUCGCCACAGGAAGUGUCUGUGAUGCCAGCUUUGAAUGAAUUGGCGUCGCCGUGUGGUUCGAUUGCCUGAUUCCACGUCUGUUUUUUAGAUCUCGUACUACUUCUUCCUCAAAAUCCCUUCUCUGAAGUCUGCCUUCCCUGGAAAAGCAAGAUGGCAGAACCGGAUUCUCCUGACUGGGACCUGCUGUGGUAUCUGGAGACUCUUAAUGACAGGGAAUUUCAGAUUUUUAAGAAUUAUCUGCAACGCCUGAUUUGUGACUUAAACCUGCCGAAGGUCCCGCAGAUUCAUUCGGAGACGCCGAAGGAACAGCUGGCCGCCUUGCUGGCGAUCUCUUACGAGGGGCAGCACAUAUGGAACAUGCUGUUCAGCAUAUUUGAAAGGAUGCGGCAGUACCAUCUUUGUCAGAGGAUCACUGACAGACGACACCGCAAUGUGGAAGCAUGCAAAGCUCUCAUGAGGAGAAAAUUCACGCUGCAAUGGGAAAAUCAGACUCUGGGAGAAUUUCACUAUAAGUUUUUCUGUGACACUGCCGCGGAUGUGUUCUACGUGAUUCACUUGGCCUACGAUCCUACCAGCCCUUACUCAGCAAGGGAUCUCAACGUGUUCCUGAUGGGAGAGGCGGCCUCUGGCAAAACCAUGAUUGUGAGAAUGGCAGUGACGAGGUGGCUCAGCGGUGACAUGUGGCCCAACACGAUCUCGUACGUCGUUCCCCUCACUGCUCACGAAAUAAACCAGAUGAGCAGCCUCAGCCUGGCUGAGCUGAUCGCCAAGGACUGGCCUCACCGCCAGGCUCCCGUCGCAGACAUCCUGUCUGAUCCCGGGCAAGUCCUUUUCAUCCUGGAGGACUUGGACAACGUGAGUUUCCAGUUAAACAUCGACGAACACGCUUUGUGUAGCGACAGCACCCAGAGAGUUCCGAUCCCGAUCCUCCUGGUCAGUUUGCUGAGGAGAAAAAUGGCCCCAGGUUGCUGGUUCCUCAUCUCCUCGAGGUUCACCAACGAGGGUGCCGUCAACAUGUUCUGGAAAACCGCGGAUAUCUUCACGAGCUUGCAUCUCUCUAACGGUAAGAGGGAGAUCUACUUUAACUCGUUCUUCAACGACCGCCAGAAGGCUUCGGCGGCCCUCCGACUCGUUCGUGGCAACGACAUGCUCUCCGGUCUGUGCCGAGUCCCCAUCUUAUGCUGGAUCACGUGCUCUGCCCUGAGUCAGCAGAGGGACACGGGGGAGCAGGACCUCGAACUCUGCUUCCAAACCCCCACGGAUCUCCAUGCCCACUUUCUUGCGGGUGCCUUCACGUCGGAGGCUGGAGCUGCCGCCAGUGAGUAUCACCUAAACCUCCUCAAACGUCUGUGUUCGCUGGCUGCGGGAGGCCUCUUCAAAAACACCCUACAUUUCAGUCGGGAAGACUUCAGCUGUGUCGGGCUCACCGAGGCCGACGUCUCCCUGCUGCAGACCCUGAACAUUGUCCUGCCAAGCAGCACUCAUAAAGACUGCUGCACGUUCAUCCACCUGACCCUGCAGGAGUUCUGCGCGGCCAUUGCGUUCCUGAUGCCAGUGCCUCCCUGCCAGCUCCCCUCGGGCGCGAGCGGGCAUAAAGAGAAGAGGGAACAAUACUGUAACUUUAGUCAAGUGUAUUCUUUCAUUUACGGCCUUCUGAAUGAAAAGAGGAGAAGGAUUCUGGAGACGUCCUUCGGCUUCCAGCUGCCGACGGUGGACGCCUUCAGGCAGCACUCGCUGGCAUACCUGAAACACGUGGGCCGAGACGCGGAGAAGCUGACGCACCACGUGUCUCUGUUUUACUGUCUCUUUGAGAAUCGGGAGGAAGAAUUUGUUAAAAUGACUGUGGACCCUUUGCAGGAGGUUACCGUUUACCUUGAAGCCAACAAUGACAUGAUGGUCUCGUUAUACUGCCUGGGGCACUGCCGUCACGUGCAGACCCUCAAGUUGAGUGUUCAACGCAUCUUUGAAGGCAGAGAGCCAACCGUGAGGCCGACCGCUAGUCAAAUGAAGAGCCUUGUCUACUGGAGAGACCUCUGCUCUCUUUCUCGGACGAUGGAGAAUCUCCAGGAGCUGCACGUUUUCGACAGUGACCUUAACAAUCUUUCAGAAAGGAUCCUGUCUCAAGCCCUGGAGCAUCCUAGCUGCCGACUUCGCACACUUCGAUUUUCCUAUGUCUCGACGGGCACUGGUUUUGAGGACAUACUCAGCGCUGUGGCUUCUAACCGGAGCCUGACCUGCCUGAGCCUCAACUGCAUGUCCAUUUCCCUAAACAUGUUUUCACUUCUGCACGAGAUCCUGACGGAGCCCACAUGCCAAAUAACUCAUCUGAGCCUGAUGAAGUGCGACUUGCGAGCCUGUGACUGCAGACAAAUCGCCUUGCUCAUCACCAGCGGCUGCAGCCUGAGAAAACUGACCCUGUCCCACAACCCUCUGCAUGACGAUGGGGUGCACACACUGUGCGAAGCCCUGGUCCACCCCGACUGUACGCUCCGUUCGUUGGUGUUGGUCUUCUGCUGCCUCACUGCGGGUUGCUGCAACUUCCUUGGAAAAGCUUUUCUGCUCAGCCCAAGUCUCAGAGAAGUAGACCUGAGCGUGAAUCACUUAAAGAAUUAUGGAGCAUUGAUUUUGCUAUUUCCCUUGGUAUUUUCCUGUCGUUUAGAGGAGCUGCAGCUGUUUGGCUGUUUCCUUACCCCCGAGAUCUGUGAGCAAAUCGCCGUAGUUCUUGCUGCUAACGGAAACCUGAAGAGCCUGGAGCUCGGAAGCAACCACGUGGGCGAUACGGGCAUGCAGCAGAUAUGUGACGCUUUGAAAGAGCCCUCCUGCAAGUUGGCGAAUAUUGGGCUAGAGGAGUGCAUGUUAACCACUGCCUGCUGUGAUGCUCUUGCCUCUGUUUUCGCCACCAACACAACACUAAAAAGACUCAAUGUGCUUCAAAAUAGCUUCAGCAAUGAAGGAAUUGUGAAACUUCUGGAGAGCUUGAUGCACCCAAAUUGUACACUAGAGAUAGUUGGGCUUCCGUUAAGCGGCGUGAGCACAGAAACCCAGCAGUUGCUGAGGACCGUAAAGGAAAGAAAACCCGAGUUGAUCUUUCUGUCCGAAACUUGGUCUGCAAAAGAAGGCAGAGAAAUCGGUGUGAGGCCGUCUUCUCGGCUGAGUUCAGAAAUACCUCAUUGUAAUUUACAGAACAUGUUUUCUGAAUUUUCUCCAACCCUGUAGAGGCACAUGCAGCAUCCAGGCACCUGGUUCUGUCAUGUUCUACAUAAACCACAUUCGUUAUAAAUGACUACCACGACUGGAAUGCAGGAGAAUUGGGGUUAUGACUUUCCCGUUUUCUGUGUG